GACCCCACAAAACGCCAUCUUGGCUCCGGCGACGCAAGGAAAAAGACGGGAAUCCGGGGCCCGCUUUCCCUGGCCAUUUCGGCUCCGGUCGGAACAGUUUCCCGGGCGAGAGACAGGGAGGGAGGAGUCGGGCAUUUCUGGAAGUCGGAGAAACAACCAGUCAAAGCCAGCCAGCCUACAUCUGAGCCAGCGAAAGAACUGGAGCAGCGGCGGACGUCGGCUCGGCUGUGCUGGAAGACGACAUUAAUUGAACACCCUCGAGCACAGACGGCGCUUGUAGCAGCAGGAGCAGUCGUGGACAUGAAUGUGAAGGUCUUCCAUUUGGGCUCGGGAAGCUGAAGCGUAUUGUAUCCCGCUCACGUUACGGUUUUUCCCCCCUUCCUCGCUGGAAUAAGCCGUCUGUGAUACACUGGGCGUGCACAGCGCAAUAACGGAGCGAGCCAACCUGUGAUUUCAGCGACGGCUAAGCUCACAUUUAAACCCAGCUAGCAAACCGUUCUUCUUUUUUCCCGAGAGUCUCGUUAGCUUGCGGCGAAGGGGAGCAUCUUGGUGGGGAAGGGGAAGGCAUCCGUCGGAUGCUGCUGAGGGGGGACUCCUGUGCCCCGGCGACAAGCACCAGUAAAGAUACAAACCCAAGGCAUGCACAGAGGGAUGUUUUUCUGCACACGAGCGAGGAAAUCUCCACGCCCCGGGGUCUGCUCUGUGGCUACUGUUUAGCUAGCUCGCUGGCUAGCCCUUCUACCAGGAGAAGGUGGGGCCGCGGAGUGACAGCCUUGGACGCCAGCUAAUGUGGCUAGCCGGCUAAGUUGGGCACACGACUGGCCCCUCGUUUUUCCCCGUUUAUCACAUUGUGCCCGUCUGUGCGUGUUUGUGGGGUUUAAAAAAAAUACAAAGAGUGUGUGUGGACUGGCACACCUGUAAGCCCAUUCAGCAAGAAAUUACGUUGUCAUUGAUCCCUUCGGAGCCAGUGGUGUGGGUGGGAUAUCUUGAGGAGAGCAUCCUCGUUUACCUGAAUGACCAUGGCGGACGACGACGUGCUGUUCGAGGAUGUGUACGAGUUGUGCGAGGUGAUUGGCAAGGGUCCCUUCAGUGUGGUGAGGCGCUGCAUCAACAGGGACACCGGCCAGCAGUUUGCUGUAAAGAUUGUUGAUGUGGCCAGCUUUACCUCCAGCCCUGGCCUCAGCACAGAAGAUCUGAAGCGAGAGGCGAGCAUCUGCCACAUGCUGAAACACCCCCACAUCGUGGAGCUGCUGGAGACUUACAGCUCCGAUGGCAUGCUCUACAUGGUCUUUGAAUUUAUGGAUGGUGCGGACCUGUGUUUUGAAAUCGUGAAGCGAGCUGAUGCUGGGUUUGUGUACAGCGAAGCAGUGGCCAGCCACUACAUGAGGCAGAUUCUGGAGGCACUUCGAUACUGCCAUGACAACAAUGUGAUUCACCGUGAUGUAAAGCCUCACUGUGUGCUGCUGGCCUCAAAGGAGAACUCUGCUCCAGUGAAACUCGGAGGCUUCGGAGUGGCGAUCCAGCUGGGAGAGUCUGGUUUAGUAGCCGGAGGUCGAGUGGGCACGCCCCACUUCAUGGCCCCAGAGGUGGUGAAAAGGGAGCCUUAUGGCAAACCGGUAGAUGUGUGGGGAUGUGGCGUGAUCCUCUUCAUUCUGCUGUCUGGCUGCCUGCCUUUCUACGGCACCAAGGAGCGAUUGUUUGAGGCUAUCAUCAAAGGGAAAUAUAAGAUGAACCCGCGCCAGUGGGCUCACAUCUCUGAAAGUGCCAAGGACCUGGUGAGGCGCAUGCUGAUGCUUGACCCUGCUGAGAGAAUCACUGUCUAUGAGGCUCUCAACCACCCCUGGCUGAAGGAGAGGGACAGGUAUGCCUACAAGAUCCACCUGCCCGAAACAGUUGAGCAGCUGAGAAAGUUCAACGCCAGGAGGAAGCUGAAGGGUGCAGUGCUGGCUGCUGUUUCCAGCCACAAGUUUAAUUCCUACUAUGGUGACCCCCCUGAGGAGCUCCAUGACUUCUCAGAUGAUCCCACCUCCUCAGGACUGCUAGCUGCUGAAAGUGUGGGCGAUGCAGCAGGGGCAGUAUCACAGGUUUUGGACAGUCUAGAGGAGAUCCAUGCAUUGACAGACUGCAGUGAGAAAGAUAUGGACUUCCUGCACAGCGUCUUCCAGGACCAGCACCUCCACACUCUAUUAGAUCUUUAUGACAAAAUCAACACCAGGUCGUCCCCUCAGAUCAGAAAUCCUCCAAGUGAUGGAGUGCAGAGAGCCAAAGAGGUACUGGAAACCAUCUCCUGUUACCCAGAGAAUAUGGAGGCCAAGGAGCUCAGGAGGAUCCUCACACAGCCACACUUCAUGGCUCUGCUGCAGACCCACGAUGUGGUGGCACACGAGGUGUACAGCGACGAGGCGUUGAGGGUGACUCCCCCGCCUACUUCACCGUACCUGAACGGAGACUCCCCGGACAGCACCAACGGAGACAUGGACUUGGAAAAUGUCACCAGGGUUCGGCUGGUUCAGUUUCAGAAGAACACCGAUGAGCCCAUGGGCAUUACUCUGAAAAUGAACGACCUCAACCACUGCAUUGUGGCCCGCAUCAUGCAUGGUGGAAUGAUCCAUCGACAAGGGACUCUGCAUGUAGGAGAUGAGAUCCGGGAGAUUAAUGGCAUCAGCGUUGCUAAUCAGACGGUAGAACAGCUCCAGAAGAUGCUGAGAGAGAUGAGGGGAAGCAUCACCUUCAAGAUUGUGCCCAGUUACCGAUCCCAGUCAAUGUCUUGUGAGAAAGAGUCUCCGGAUUUAUCUCGACAGUCACCUGCAAAUGGUCAUGCUAGUGUGACCAGCUCCAUCCUGGACCUGCCAUCGACUAUUCAGCCUAAAGGCCGUCAGAUCUGCAGACCUGCUAUCAAGGACAAAUUGUCCAUCAAGAUUUAUGUACGCGCUCAGUUUGAGUACGACCCGGCAAAAGACGACCUCAUCCCGUGCAAAGAGGCCGGCAUCCGCUUCCGGGUAGGUGACAUCAUUCAGAUCAUCUCCAAGGAUGACCACAACUGGUGGCAAGGAAAGCUGGAGAACACCAAGAAUGGCACAGCAGGACUCAUCCCCUCACCUGAACUGCAGGAAUGGCGUGUGGCAUGUAUAGCAAUGGAGAAGACCAAACAGGAACAGCAGGCCAGUUGUACCUGGUUUGGCAAGAAGAAGAAACAGUACAAAGACAAAUACCUGGCCAAGCACAACGCAGUGUUUGAUCAACUAGAUCUGGUGACAUAUGAGGAGGUGGUUAAACUGCCGUCAUUUAAGAGAAAAACACUGGUUUUACUUGGUGCACACGGAGUUGGUCGGAGGCACAUCAAGAACACGCUGAUCACCAAACAUCCCGACCGCUUUGCCUACCCUAUUCCUCACACAACUCGGCCUCCCAAGAAAGACGAGGAGAACGGAAAGAACUACUACUUUGUUUCUCACGAGCAGAUGAUGCAGGACAUCAGCAACAACGACUACCUGGAGUAUGGCAGCCAUGAGGAUGCCAUGUAUGGAACCAGGCUGGAGACUAUCAGGCAGAUCCAUGCCCAGGGCAUGAUCUCCAUCCUAGACGUCGAGCCACAGGCACUAAAGAUCCUCAGGACAGCUGAGUUUGCUCCAUACGUCGUCUUCAUCGCGGCUCCCACCAUCACCCCAGGCAUGACUGAGGACGAAUCUCUUCAGCGGCUACAGAAGGAGUCGGAGAUGCUGCAGCAAACCUACGCUCACUACUUUGACCAGACCAUCAUCAACAACGAGAUCGACGACACCAUCCGCCUGCUGGAGGAGGCCGUGGACCUGGUGUCCACCACUCCUCAGUGGGUUCCCGUCUCCUGGGUCUACUGACAUACACUCAACGGCAACUCGCUCAUCGCCCUCGACGAUCCAUCUCCGAUUCAACGUGGAAUCUAAACUCUGAAUCACAUCUCUCAUCAGAAUCACAUUUCUGUAGAUAAACUGUUAUUGAAGAAGAGAGAAACGAAUAAACUAAUGACUGAUGUCUCAUUACCGAGACUUCUUCAUCCUCCUCCUCGCCCCUUUUCUCGACAGCCGAAAGGCAUAUUGUUGUGUAAAUAUAUACAUAUAUAUAUAUAUAUAAAUGACUAAAAAACUAAGUGAAUAUGGUUCUGUCCUGAUAUAGUUGAAUGGUGGGGAGUGGUGGGGCAGUGUAGUAGAUAUUUUGUACUUUCUUUUGUAAUUGAUGAUGGAUGGUAAUAUUGGAAAGGCAAUAGCAAGCAUGACGAUAAAGCAGUCUUAUGGGGUUGCCUGUGUGCGUGUUGACCUUUUAAAGCACUCCUUGUGGUACUCUGUUCUCCCCUCUAAUCUCCUCGGCUCCUGUGACAAGCAGGCCGAACUCUGAAGCACAUUAGAAGCUGCUAUAGUGGCGACAACCGACUCCCUCAGCUCCACGUCCAAGUUAGAGUGACGCGAAAAGCACAGGAAACUUGGCAUUUUCUUUCUCCCUCAGCUCUUAUUUAUUUCACCGGCCCUCUGUGCCUUUCAGUUUGUUGAAUGAGCACACUUGCACCCCUCUAUGUCGUCUCUCCCCGUGUUGCUGUAGCCUGACGUCCUAUGCUUCCUUCCCCAGCCUUCGAUGGUCUUUGUUUACAUCUCAGUUUGCACAAAAUGGACAAUGAAGAAAACGCGUGCUGCAUUCUGUCAUCUCGGUUUUCACGACGUCUCGCCUACUCUUCUCUGGCUGUCUUUACUCUGCUCCCUUGUACACAAAAUGCGAAUCGGUGGACCUGGAAGUUCGUUUUUGAGACAUUACCAGCUAUGAAAAAAAUAAAGAAAUAAAAGCACUGACAUUCACCACUAAACACGGCUCCUGAAGUGGAAGCAAAAACAACGGUAGAAAAAAAAGAAAAGAAAAACUGCCUUAUCAGAGCCUUGGGGAAGAAGUGGCUAACACCUAUGCACACCCCUGCUUUCUGCCAGGCAGACCGGCGCCACGACAACCAUUUUCUUCUCUCCUAACACUCAGUGAGCCAUGCUUGUUGAAAUGUUUGUGUGGAAGGACAGGGCUUCACGUAGGUGGGAUCGGUCCAAUCGUAGAGCCACCAUUUUUGGAACUGUUAACUGUUGUCUUCAAAAGUAUCUCAAAAAAAAAAAAAAAAAAAGAAUUCUUGUUUUUCUGGAGGGGAGAGAAAAUUAAAAUUUUGUGUGUAAAUGUUUCAAUGGUGCGUACGUCAUGAGUGAAUUACCAAGAGCCAGUGUAUAUUAACCCUUAAAAGAAGCUCAGUAUGUGACAUAACCUCCUCAUGCUUUACCACAAGUGGCACAACACACUCCUACAUGUAUGGCACAUCAGUUGAAGGCUUGAGGAGUGGAAAACAAUAAUAAUGAUAGUAAUAAUAAAAAAGUCAAUAUUUCAAACUGUGGUUUGGCUGCCGUUGUGCCACUUUGAGUAAAGUGUCUUCAUUUCAAGUCCUGUGUAAAUUACCUCUGCAAAUGAGAAAAGCAGCUCUUCUGUAUGAAAUGUUGUUCUUUUUUGUUAUUUCAUUUUUAAAAAAAAAUAUAUUUCCUUUUACGUGUUUAAAGUAAA